CUUCCUAGAAAGAGUUAUCUACUAGCGUCGGCUCUUGAAUUGGCCCCCAAACUCUCCCCCCACCAACAUCCCCUCUUUGUUUUUGGUUCUUACACCCCGCCACACUUAUACCCCACCAAACAACAAACCAAACAGCUCAGACACCAAAAAACAUAUUGGACUUUAUCCCACAGACUUCACCAGAAUGGCACCCGUAGAAAGCUCCUUCCCUCCAGUCAGGGCCUGUCUCUUUGACAUGGACGGCCUGCUCCUCGACACCGAAGACCUCUACACACAAGUCACGAACACGCUCCUCGCACAACUCGGCCGUCCGCCGCUCACCUGGAACAUCAAGGCCCAGCUCCAAGGCCGCCCAGUUUCUGCUGCAACCAAAAUCUUCCGCGACUGGGCCCAGAUUCCCAUCCCCAUAGAGGAAUAUCUCGUCCGCCAGAAAGCUCUGCAGGCAGAGGUAUUCCCGGGCGCAGGGCUUCUCCCCGGCGUCGAGAGCCUGAUCGACACGCUGCUCGCAUCGUCGCCCGCGUCGCACCCCGAAGAGAAGCUGCACAUUGCGCUCGCCACGUCGUCGGCGGAAUACAACUUCCAGCUCAAGACGGCGCACCUGCAAGAGCUGUUCCAGCGGUUUCCGAAGGAGCGGCAGAUACUCGGCGAUGAUCCACGGAUCCCGCUGGGAAGGGGGAAGCCCGCACCCGAUAUUUACCUGCUCGCGCUGGAGUCGAUCAAUGCCGGCCUCCGCAAAGAGGGGAAGCAGGAGAUUACCCCCGCUGAGUGCUUGGUGUUUGAAGAUGCCGUCCCCGGCGUCGAGGCGGGACGCCGUGCGGGCAUGCGUGUCGUGUGGGUGCCGCAUCAGGGCCUGCUGCAGGAGUACAAAGGCAGGGAGGAGCAGGUGCUGGCGGGUCUGAUGGGCGAGGCAGAAAAGGAUAUUGAAGCGGGUGUGGCCCCGGCUGCGGACAUGGGGGCGAUCGGAAGCAUUGGCGACGGAAGGGGCGAGCUGCGUAGUUCGCUCGAGGGCUUCGACUACACGCGCUACGGCAUUGUCAUUCCUCCGGCGAAAAAUUAGACGGCGUUGGAGGUGGUGGUCGGUGACGAUGGGAUACCUGUUGGCCUUUGGCGUGUGUUCUGUUCUAGAUUACGCUAGCGACGGUGCAGAGGGAGCGAUCCUCGAUAACCUAGACGUUGGAAUUUCAUUGCAUAUUCCCCC